CAUAUAUCGCUGUAGAAUUCUCAAAAUGUCACAAGCAAAGCAACCCCACAUUGGAAGCUAUAAGCCGCAGCUGAGAUGUCGUAUUCGUAUUGUCACCGCGUCCUUCUCGUGCGACGGCCAGCACUAGGUAUUAGCCCCGAAGCUAUGAAUAAAGCCGAUUUCCAGCCUCCUCCGCCUUAAAUUGGCGGGGGUUUCGCAUCCUCUAUUUAGUCUGUUUUCUUCAACGCAACGGGGGUAAAAGGGGUCAAAAAGAAAAAAAAGGCUACGAUGGACGCUGCAACAAAGCAAUUACUCAUUAGCGCCCUCGCGACGGCCCUCACGCUUGGCAUAGCAUGGGUCUGGAAGCUGAACACGGCGCUCAAGCAGACGCCGCCGGAGGUCCUCGCAGCAUCUCCGCACCGCUGGUCUGAAAAGCAGAUCAAGGAAACAUACCAGCGCAUCCAGAAGAACCCCAUAGAUUGGGCGAAACACCUCCCGCCAAAGCUGGACCGGCGGUACAUCGUCACAGGCGGGAGCGGUGGUGUAGGCGGGACAAUAGUCCUACACUUACUCGCCAGGGGGCAACCGCCCGAAAGCAUUAGGAUCAUCGACUUCCGCAAACCGGAGCGUGCCGACAUGGCUUCUGGUCCAGCUUCUCUAGUCGACUUCGCACAAGCGGACAUCUCAUCUGAGGAAGCCACGCUCGCGGUCUUCUCGAAACCAUGGCCCUCCAGCGUCAAGAACUUGCCGCUCACCGUAUUCCACACAGCCGCCAUCAUCGUGCCAUACGAGCGCUCGCUGAAGACGUACGAGCGCGUGAAGCGCGUGAACAUCGACGGAGUGCGCCACGUCCUCGCCGCAUCGCAGGGAGCAGAUGCUUCCGUCUUCGUAUCCACGUCCUCGGCCUCCGUAGCCUACAAGCCGGUGCAGUACUGGGGGAACCCAUUCCGCCCUUACCCUCACAACUUCUUACAAAUCAUCGACGACUCGGAUUUCGACCUUCCCUUGCGCCCGCACAACGAGUUCUUCAGCAACUACGCGCACGCGAAGGGGGUCGCCGAGCGGCUGAUCUCCGCGGCUAACAGGGACGGCUUCCGGACGGGCAUCGUGAGGCCGGCGAACGGGAUCUACGGCAGCAGCUACGGCGACCAGGUCGUCGGGAUGUGUCUACGCGCCGGCACGGUGCCGACGUGGAUGCGCAACAUCGCGCAGAACUUCGUCGCCGCGGGCCACGUCUCGCUCGCGCACAUGCUUUUCGAAACCGCGCUUUUACAAGGCACCACCACUAACGGUAAAGGACGUAUGCCCGGGUGCGCGGGCCGCGCGUUCACGGUAACAGACGCCGGCGCGCCGCCCUUAUUCGACGACUUUUACAACCUGCUGAAGAUAACGGCGGAGACGCCCAGGAUCGAGAUCGUGUACCUGCAGCCGGCGGUCAUGCUGGUGCUCGCGCACGCGGUCGAGUGGAUCGCGCUGGCGAGCCGGAUGCCGGUGCUGCGGCGGGUGGUGCCGCGGCCGAGGGGCGACUUGGCGAUGCUGCAGCCGGCGACGUUUAGCGCGAGCACGCAUUUCCUGGCCGCGGAUGCGGCGGCGCGGAGGAGUGUUGCGGAGGGCGGGAUCGGGUACGUGCCGGUGCAUGAUACGAUGGAGGGGAUGUGUCAGCAGGUCUUGGAUUGGAAUGUUGAGCAUAGGGGUUCUGGGGAUUUAGGCUCGCGGAGCUCGGCGGAGAGCUUUGCUAAAAGGGUUAGGAAUGUGGGGACUAUGCCUGCUGCUGUUGGAGCUUGAUUUUGGACUCUUGUUAGCCCUUUGUGAGGUAUACGUCGGCACAUACCCCAGAUAUACCUAAUGUUAGAGAUAUAAAGGCAUACAUAGGUACCUAGGUAGGCAUGUAGCCAUCUGUGUUACGGAAAUUUCAGGCCAGUCGCGCCAGUUCCUUCGCCUAUCAAGUUCAAAUGAGCAUGGUAAGAGUAACCCUCCACGACUCUUUGCUGCCUAAUCAAAGGCACGGACAAUUCUAUUGU